GGGCUGGGAAUGAUUGGGACAAUUCGACCGGAACUCGAGUCCAGAGAUGUCGCCGAAUAGCGGCCUUCGUCGAGCGAAAUGGAGACGGGAGGCCCUACCUUUGUUACAGGAGAAAUCGAUGUCCUUGAAGUCACCCGAGCACUGGAUCAUCGAAUCCCUCUCCCAAUCGGCCACCUACUCUCCAUCUCGGAACAGGCGAAUGAACGAAUGAUGCAACAUUGCAAAGCGAACCGCAAGCAAUUCGCCCUUGCACGCGCAAAAGAUCAGAUGGCGAAGGCGCCGCCUUCGGAAAAAAAGGCGGACGUCGCCCCUGAUCCCAUCCGAGUCGGAUUAAUACAGAAAGACGACCACUUUCUUCGGAUCAAGCCGAUUCCGUGGAAAUCAGCCGUAUGUGAUAUUGAAGUCUGGGGGGUGCCGUAUAGUGCGAUCAUAGAUUCGGGAGCGGAUGUCCUAGCGAUAUCCCUCCGAGUAGUCGAGAAAGCGGGUAGGAAGAAUGAUUUGAUUAUGCUAACUGAGAAGGACCAGCUCGUAUCGGCUGACGAGGAGAAGAUCAAGACAGUAGGGCGUAUGACAAAUGUCGCGUUCCGAUUGGGAAAAGUGCAUGCUUUAGGAGAUGUUGUGGUGCCGGAUGUGAAUACGUAUGACGUCCUGUUCGGGCUUCCUGCGUUAUUGGCGUUGCGUGCUAAUUUGGACUUCGAACGCCGAUCCGUCAUUCUCCAGAAUACCGGGGGAAAGCCGUAUGUAAUACCUAUGAGACUAACUCUUCGAACAACGGUUAAGGUAGUACCCCGAGUUUCUCCGGAAACAAUGGGAGCGCUCCGCAUGGUCUCCUGGAGCGCACCUGUGGACGGAAGCCAAUCAUCGAACGACGCGGGGAGAGACGACGAUGACGAUCCCGUCGUUACACGGGCAGUACGUCCGAGCUGUCGGAGGCUUCUCACCCAGGAGCUUACGGUCCCGAUUGCGCAGCUGGCCGACCAUCUAGACGUCAGCAUUGUCUCCCAAGUCGACCCGCGCUUGGUGCCCCACGUCACUUCACACACGCUGUCGCCGUAUCUUCAGUGGUCAGCUUGCGUGGAGGGCUUCCCAUCGAGAAUUCCGCCUUCACGGUUGGAUUACUUGGAUCCGCGCGACAUCGUGGAUCCCGCUUUCUACAGGCCGCCGUGCGAAGACGAAUUGGAGGAGAUAAUCCGCGAGGAGAUCGCGAAAGAAAGUUCGGAGGAAGAGGAGGAGAAUCUGAACGACGACGAAGGGGAGCCGGCACAGCACCAAGGAGGAGACGAAGACAAGCUCCUGCAAACGGAGAGCGAAGAGGAAGCAGAAGAAGAAGACAGCGCGCAGGGGAGCGGUGAUGACAACGACGAGGAGCAGGCCAACGAGGAUGCCCAGCUAGAAAUUGCGACAGUUGCUGAUCUUCCUAUCAGCAACGAUCCAACGCUCGACCCGGAGCCACCUCAGCCAGACGAUGGCCAUGUGGCCCAGGUGGCUUGGCCAUCCGCUCGCCGGCCUCCUUCCCCACCACGACGCCGACGACGAAGCCGCUCCCCCUCCGCCUCCCUCUCCCUCGCGGCCCGUCCCCCACUUCGAGCACGUCGAGAUGAGGCCGAUCGGCCUUCGUCCUCGGGCUCUCUCUCUCCGCCCCCAUGACUUCCUCACCCGUCCUGCCGUCUUCCCCCACAAUCCCUUCCCCCGCGACACUUUUCGUCAUCACUUCU